GAGAUGGUGACGGUAUUUCUGGAUAUAUUCCCAAACCUUGUUGCCAAUUCAUUUAUGCAAUAUGUGAUGUUUAAAGUGAAACGUGGCUCCAGGAUAUUAUUUUUUAAAGCCUAUAUAUGUGCUUUUUUUUCACUUUUAAAGACACUAACUUUCCUCAGUAUUUUACUCCAGUAACAGUUAGAAUUAUGUUUUUUUUUUCUCUCAACUUCUGAGCUCAAAUUUGCUGACCUCAGCCGUUUUCGCUGGUGACUCGGCUCUGUUGGCUGAAGACUUGUCACAGCUGCUGACCCUAAGAGUCAGGUCCUCUAAAGUUUUAGAGGACGGAGAAGGAUGAGCCCGAGUAUGUCAGGUUUUGUUUAUGAGUGAAGAGAUGCUAGAUGGACGGCACCACAGUGAGACUAUCCCAGUGAGCUUUGUGGAAGACCCUCCUGACCCUCAACUGAGGUCAGGUGGGGCCAGAAGAAGAAGCUAUCCAGGGAACUAUCUUUGAAAGACGGUGUGGGAGGCACAAUCAUCUGGGAGAGACUGAGAGUAGAGCCUCCCUGGUGUGUGGGUCGAGGCUCAAGGUCGCGCCUCGACUGGGAUGAGAAACUGAGCGAAACCUUUCAUCAUAAACUGGUUUCAUCUUUAUUUAAAGAAACAGUCUGAUCCUGUGAGCAAGAGGUCUAACGGUUUAUACAGUAUACAAGAGAGUAGCAGGUCAGUUUAUAGUCAGGAGAAUCAGUCAAAGCAUCACUAACAAGUCUUAUUUCAUUACAAAAAAAGACACAAUGAGAUAUUUGAAAGAGCACUUUAAAAGACCGGCUGCACCAGCAGAUGCACGCGGUCGCGACGGCUGCUUGUUUCCAGGUUUGUCGAGUCAAUUGUCUGCCAGUUGAAACUUUUUACUUUUUGGUUUGACUCGGGAUGUCGCCAAGUGUUUUUGGUUCUCUGAACUCCACCAAUGUGUUUCCCUUUAACAGCUCAUGGUAUGUACAGCUUCACUGCGAACACAUGCCUCCGGUGUCGUGGCUAACACCUGCACUUCAGUUAUACUCGAUGAAGAAAUAGUAUGCACAGAAAGUAACGUUACUACAAAGGUAAAUAACAGUACCUGUCAGCCGUCAUGAUCGCACACUCGCCAUUUGAAAAUCCUCACUUGUUCCCUUCACAUUCAUGCAUUUGCGUACGAACUCCUCCAUGUGUUCCAUUUCGUAAAAAAAUACAUACAUAUAUAUAUAAUACUUAAAAAAACAAGAUGACAGACAAAGACGGAGAAGCCUCUUCAAGUGCUUUCUGUUAAACCCCUCCCACCCGCUGAGCCCUUUGUCUUCCUGCUUUUCCUUCACUGUGGAACCAUUUCCCGAAUGUUAAGUGCGUUUUUGGAGAUCGAAGUUGGACUCUGGUUGUCACAUUUUCUGUUGAUCCAGUUUUGACAUGACAGAAAAAUGGAUGCUCCUCUGCUGGGAGGUUGUCAUCUGCCCAAGACUCGGAGUAGAGCUGCUGCCUCUCCACACGGAGGGCAUCUUUUAAAUGAGGACCUGUUUCAUGUCCGAUGUUACUCUGGUCUCUCGAUAUAAAGAGCUUAUCUGAUGGAGCCAGACUCCCAGUCCAGCAGGUCAAAUCUCUGCGGUUUUGAACACCUUGCCGAUAUAUUAUCAGACAUGUCUUUCUGCAGCAGCUCUACUGUAAGUUCCUCACCACGAUGGCAAUGAAGCUUCAUGAAACAGACACACUUUCAGAGUUCAAUAGGUGGCGCUCCUGCUCUAUAAAAUGAAGUGAGACUUUACUUAAAAUCCAAGCCACAGAUUAUUGCGACGAAAGCGCCGUCUAGUGGGCUCUGAAAAAGAGGCUUCGUGAAGCUUCAUCAUAGCUUAUCAGGUACUUGUCGGAUCAAUGCUGACACAACAUAUUUGUCACAGAGGGAAAUGUAAAACAUCUGCUCCAUAGUCUCAUUUAAACAUUGGUUUCGAGUAUCAGCGAUACUAGUAGGGGGCGCUUUCACUUAACAAAAAUGUUUGAUCUAAAAGGCUGUUUACAGUUGUUGAGCAGAAAGUGUCAUCAAGUGUAAAUGAGGCUUUGUGAAGCUUCAUCAGCCAAGGAGAACCAACAUGUGAGUCAGAUUCAGCCAAAUUCAAGGGGGAAAAGUGCCGGAUGUCGGAGACAGUGUUGUGGCGUUAGUGUUCACGAGUCGGGCAGGCGAGGUUCAGAAAGGCAGAUGACAAAACUCGGGUGCAGAGGUGUUGAGAUGAGCGAGUCCUGACAGAUCUUGUGGAUGGAGCACAGACAUUAUUGUUGAUGUAUCUGACAUCAUGAUGCUGCCGUUCACAUGACUGUUCUGUUUCUGUCUUGGUGGGUCCGGGGUGGAAACAAGAAACAUCCAUUGAAAAUGAGGACUCAGUGCCAAGUCCAGAAAAUCAUAAAUGCUGCGGAAGACGAGGCCUACGAGUUCAUGUGCUCCACCUGGAUGGCCGACGUGGAGACGGUGAGGCAGAGGUCUUUGUGGGCCACCGGAUUUCAUUUCUCACAGAAGGCAGCAAAGUUAUAAAGGAACACAUGUCGUUGACAAAAAAAAGUUCUGAUUUCAAAAAGCACCGGACCCGCUCCCGGCCCACACGGAACCGCCUAUUGCGGAGACUAGUCAACAUGAGGUCCAUCCCCUGCGCAGUGCUUAGCGCCCUCUUCUGCACCGCAGUCUCAGCGUCACUGAAAGUCAAAGAAGAACACAGAACUGUGCUCUACGGUGAAGAUAUCCACAUCAACAUCCCGCCUGGGGACGGUGGAGAGGUGGUGUUCGAGUCCAAGAGCUCGCCUCAGCUGGUCCUGUUUUAUGAGGGGAAGGUCGUGGACAAGCGCGGCGGAAUCAAUAGUUUGGGUCACCUGGUCCUGGAGGACGUGCAGAAGGAGGACGAGGGAACGUAUGUUGUCAAGGACAACAAUAAAACGAUCAGACAUCUCAUCCUCAAAGUCAGAGACUGUUCCGUGGAGCUGGUGGUGAAAUACGGCGACACCUUCUCAAUUCCACUCAACCACGUGGAAGGUCCGAUCACUCUGGAGUUCAGGCGGGGUCUGAUCCAGCACAGCAACCACACGGACACGCUGACCGCCACCGAGGCUCCGCCUGUGCUGCUGUACAACAGGACGGCUGUGCUGCUCGGGGAGUACGUCGGGCGGCUCAGUGUUUCCGAGAAGCGAGUCACGCUGCAUUCCGUGUGGAUGGCGGACGAGGGCAGCUUCACCGUGCGCGACCGCGAGGGCAAAGUGAGGAGGCGGAUCUGCUUGAAUGUCCGUGAGCACCAGGACUUCCUCCACGUGGCGUACGGGUCAAACCUGAAGAUGAAACUCUACACAAACCCUUCCAACUUGAACGUCGUCUACAAGCCCAAAUCAGACAAUCAGGACCGGGCCGUCUUGGUGCAGGGAGCUCUUUUGCCGUCUCUGGACCCUCUGCUGGACGGCCGGGUGACGGUGGAGGGGUCUGAGCUGGAGAUGAAGAAGCUCCACAUGUCUGACUCGGGCGUGUUUAUCCUGACAGACCUGGCUGGGUUUACAGUGGCUCAUGUCUACAUCGACGUAGAAGCCUACAAGCUUCCCCCGCUGACAGUGGCCAUCCUGUCCAUGCUGGGUCUCAUCGCCUUCAUGCUGCUGGUCUGUCUGCUGUCCUGCGUCUACAAAGUUCACAAGAGAAAUCUGAAGAACAAGAAGCUGACGCUGCUGGCGCAGCAGGCUGGCAAAGGAGAGGGCGAAGCCUUCAGACAGGUGGUCCAUGAGGCUUACACCCGGUUCACUGAGGAAUCUCUGAUGCAGUCGGCAUGUGAAAACCCUCCUGAGGGCACAGAGGUCACCAUCAAGGGCCUGGAGGUUUCCAAACCAGGCCGCUACCAGGCUCUGACCUCAGACACGACACUCCUGGAGAUGAGUGAUUCUGGCGUGGAGUUCGCAGCCUCUGGCCUUCCUCUGGACAGCGACACGGAUGGCGCGAUGACCUACCCCUCGCACAAGCCGCUGCUCAACGCCGUCUAUCCCACCGCAGUGAGUGAAGGGAGUCACUCCGUCAGCCCGGAGGCCACCACGCUCCCUGGCGGUGGCCUGAGCGCGAGCGGCACCCCUGACUCGGCUUUGAGCGCCAGCCCCGCCUCCAACCCUCGCUCAGUGGCGGCAGCUACUCCUGACGGAACCGUAGCGGGUGCUGCCUCGCCCGGAGAGGCUUCCAGGGAAACUCUGGAGUCGGCUUCCGCCAGCCCCGACGGAGCGGCGGAGAGUGCAGAGGCGGUGCAGAAGGAAGAGUCCGCUCAGAGCACUUGAGAUGACUGACAUCUUCUCUCACUGACAGUGAUGCCUUCGCCUCUUCCGGAACCUUGUCACCCGCCAAGUCCUUGAUCACAACAUCGAAAACAACACACCAAAAUGCUCUGACCUACAGACUAAAAAUAUUUCCUGGGCAUUUGCACAAAAUGCACACCAAAAAUGUUAUGCAAAAAAAAAAAAAAAAAAAAAAAAAAAAAGACCACAGAGAUGUCAGCGAGCGAAGGAGCUGCUAAUGGAACCUGCAUGCUUUCACAAGAAACAUUAAGCUCAAAGUGUUAGGAUCCACAGCCUCGUGCUGAGUAGAGUAGACUAGAGUAGAGUCGGGCGACUGCAUGCACACCUCAGAAGAGCGACAAGCACAGGCUCCUGCUGAAGUGAAGUCGCCGGACAGAGGGUGGAACACUCGCAGCACUUUAGAGAAACCAGUUUCAACAUCAACCUUGUUCCCCUCCUCCACACCAAACUUUAUUUUGUGUUACUGUAGCCGUGUGAACAAGAAGACUCUCUAAUCUGCUUUAAGAUCAAGGAGGUGCGUUUAUCUUAAAACGCUGAGGUUGCAAACCAACUCUUCAUCACUUUAGCAUCUGCCAGAUUUUUUUAAAAUUCUGUACAGGCACUGCUAGAUAGUGUAGCUUUAUGGGAAAGACUGGCAACAGACCCUCUUAGUGACCCAUGAUCUUAGUGCUUCCAGAACAGGGUGUAUGGUUCCAAGCGUUAGCUCAGACGGCUCAUCUUCGCGUGUUGCCAUCGUGUUUACAUGUCCACCAUUGGGAUGCUACAGAGCUGCCUUUACACAACAGCGCCCCGUCUGGUGGACUGAACUGUUCAUGAUCGGUUUCUCAGUUCAGGAGAAGUUCAAGAUGUUUUUUUUACGCCCAGUAACAGCUGGAGAUACUGAUUUAAUGUUGAGAAAAACUAUGAUAUACUGACCCACUGCGUUCAUAAGCAAGAAGUACAGCCUUCCUAAAACAGAAAGGAAGGGAAUUUGUUGAAUCUUUGGUGAGUCUGCGGUGAAAGAAGGCUACAUAUUUAUUGAGACACUAAACACACAGAUAUUAGCUCUGUUUUGACCCAUUCCUUGCAAAAGAGGGACAGUUUUAGACUCUACAGUUGGUAUAACUUUUGUUUAUCCUGUGUCAAACUUUGGUCCCUUGUGUGACUGGACGCUGGAGAAGGAACAGUCGUGAGAGUGUUUCUCUAAACUGGGGGUCUCCACCCUUUUAUCUUCAGCGAUCUACUUUUGCCGUAUUUCUGUGGUGGCAUUUAUUCACAACUCACUUGCAAAGCGUUCAAUAGGGUGUCUAAUGGUGCUACUACAGGAAGAGAGCUAGCCUACUCCCAAAAAUUACCAUAAUUUCCAGACUAUUGGGCGCACCUGAAUAUCUGAAUAAAACCACACCCACUAAAUUUAAGAUGAAAAUAGUUUGUGUGCUCACAUACAAGCAACAUCACCACUUCGAGCCAAUAAAAUUACAGGUAAAUUAAAACACUCAGUGAGCUCUUCUCACCUGUGUGUAAUCCUGGCACUUUCUUUAAGUGUUCGCGGAGCUCCGUGCUGCAGCUGGGACGGCUGUGGAGGCGGAGCUUCUAGAACAAUCACAGAGCAGUGGUGCAAGUUGUGCGCUUUAAUGUCAACAAAACGCCUGUGAUUUCAUUGGUCUGUGAUGAGGCCUGAUAUCUUGACGGAAAGAAGCAAAUUUGCUGGAAAAGGAUUUAUUCGCCACAGCUUUGAUAAAGCUGCAAGUGUGAGUGUGUGGAAAAUGUACCGGCUAAUACUCCGGAAAUCUCUAUACUUUAUUGCCUCCGACUAGUACGACUGGACUCACCAUGGUUGUCGCCGUUGUUUGGCCGCGUCCCUUGACCCAAGCUAAGAACAGAUCAGUGCUGCGCAAACGUUUGACAGCCACUCGUUGAGAAGCCAUUGUUUAAUAUGGGACGGGCAGUGGGGCACCUGAAGAUUUGAAUGCAUGUAAAUUUAGACACAGUCAUUAAAAUUAGAAUUCACUUGAAUUUACAUUGGAAGAAUCACAUUUGAAGUUAUUGAGGAGACUAACUGGGAGGAGCUUCCUGUUGGAGACCCUGGGUCUAGACCAAAGUCAAACAUGGGAUUGAUCCUAGGUCACAUGACAGGAACACAACUGAUGUAGUGUAGCUCAAGCAUUAGUGUUGUUUCAUCUCAGGUCAGUUGGUGCCUGAGAUAGUUCCUCAACUGGCAACAAACGCAGGUCUUCUUGCUGUCGUUCCUUCGAGAGCCUGGGAAACCUUUAUAGUCAACACGACUAUCAAUUGUUCCCGUGUGUUGCCAUGCUUGUUUACAUCUUGCCACUUGGAAAUUCUUCAUAGCUGCCUUACAUAUUGCCUUAUCCGGCAAAAUAUUCCACGUAUUGAUAUGGCAGACAGGCAGCUUACUGUUGGCAUGGUCUCAGUACUUGGGUGUUGAUAGAACGCUGAGCGUCAUUUGGGACCGGGCAAUCGCGUGUCUCGCAGUUUUAAAGGGAUUCAAACCCACUCAUUGUCAGCUGAUGACACUUCAUAAAUGUGUUUAUUUCUGGACAAAUAUACGACAGUUCCGUCAUGAAGCAUGGAUGCGUCCGGGUCGACAGCGCUUCUGUCCGCCCUCACAGCGCCAGACAAACACUUGGAUUAUUGCAUUUUGUUGCAGCCGCCAGCAAAUUCUAUUAACAGAGCAACACGUCUGGAAGCGUCCCCCACGCCAUUGUGACAGAAAUGCUUGUCUCAGCUUUCGCUUCUAAAAUCGCCGCCAUCGUUUUUCUGCGAAACAUAACCGAUUAUGCUCGCCCACAUUUGACUGGCAUUUUCUAGUCCCUCGCUCUUUAUUUCAGAUGUCCAAACCGCAGUGGCGGAUCUCGCAAAGAAAUCUUUUGAAAUCUUAUCGCUGAUCAAAACAUCCCAGUCAACAUUGCUCGGACCGUCUGAAAGAUUCCAGGGAAUAGAAUUGGAUUUGCUUGAGCAGACACAUUCAUGGACACGGAGAAUGCUGCGAUAAAAAGGAGGCGGUGGAGGCAGAGCUGGGUUCUUUUUGGGGAAGGGAUAAGUGGCUUGUAUGAUUGAAAGGCUCCAGUUUUUAUCAGCGCCGGAGUUGAUCAUUGCAGCCCACGUGGUGGCCAAAUGGAGCGACUGGGAGGACGGAGUUGGGCGAUAACAUCGCUGCCUACUCACGAUCAAAUUGCGGAUUUUGCACUGGGACAUCAUUUCACUCAGCUCAUGAGAAAAUGUCAAUUUUUUUGGCUUUUUUUUGGGUGAAACAUUUGUGACAAUGAUAAGUCAGAACGCUUGAGGCCGAUGAUUCAAACGCUGCUGUAAGAUCAGAUAAGUCCGGCGCUAGCAUCAGCUCAGCAUCUUAACAUCAACCCACUUGUUUAAUGAAACUUGGAGGAGAGUUGUCAGUAGCGAGCAACUGAAUUCAUCAUGGAUUCUUUGGAAAAUAUGGUCUGCUGUUGGAAAGGAAGAGUCACACAUGUUCACAUGAGGUAGCUCGGGCAAUUGGUCUGUGUUCACAUGACAACACUGACGGAAACUGGUGUAGUACACGUGCCAGGCCUGUAGGGGGCGCUGGAAUGCUCUCACCCCCCCAAAAAAAGGUAAAAGGUGGUGUACGUAAAAGCCAGUGUGCUAUAUAGUGUGCUAACCCUGUAGUCCACUGUUGUUUGACAUGUGGACUUUAAGGGUGAAAAGUUAGCGAGUCGAGGAUGUGACAUUAUUGUUUCGAAACACACAGACGCAAAACAGUUCUGUCUGGACACAAGGCCUGCUGGGCGGAGCCUUGACCUUGGCUCCGGGAGCAUGUUUAACAGGGGGGGGCACGAUCCUUUUUCACAACCAACACAACAUAGUUAGCAUAAGGAUGUAAAAUCUUUCUUGUCAGAUGACAAGUCACAGAGGACCAAUGAGAAGUAGCGCCAGGCCGAGCAAGCUCUGACAUUACAUUUUAAACAAUUCUUUUAUUUGUCAUUUAACAUGGAGCAGACACUGCUCCCUCGUGAGGUGUUUUCGGGCCUGUCCAAAUGUGAACCCCCGGACAUACUGGAGAUAUUUGAUCGCACAGUUGUCCUUCAUGCGCCCUGUCAGUGCUCAAGCAGAGUUGGAGGUUGUCUCCAGGGGGAGGGUUGCUUCGGCUUGUGAUGCAGGAAAGUAGGCACGUCAUUUGACUUCCAAGCUCAAAAGGGUCUGUGUUUGGAAGUGGACAGGUUGCUGCUCAGGACUGCUCAAUAUUUAGCCCAUUCCAGACAGACAGAUGACGGAUGCUGACAAAUUCCAUCUGAAUUUUGGUAGAAGGUAUUUCUUUCUUGAGAGGAAAUCUUCAUCAUAAUAGUCAGAAUAGCCAUUUAAAUUCAAAUCUCAGUUAAAGAAUAUGUUGGUUGUCUUGUUGGACAGCAGCUGGUUAGCUCACUGGGUGGCAAUGAUGACUCAGGACUAGGAGGUCUCGGGUUCAGACUGGUGAGGUAAGAAGCUGCUGCGGAGAACACAGUGCGAAUAGCAGCAGUGGUGUUCACGCUCCCGCUGCGAUCCACACCGAUGAUGCCCAGCCAUCAUCGCUGCUGUUGUUGCUUGAGAGAUGCGGAAGAGUCACCAGUGGAUCAGACAAACAUCUGUAACAUCAUGUCACUACGACCACUGCCUGGUGACGUCAUACUCUAAAGGAGUGAAUUUACCUGCAUCCCGAACUUUGUACGUGUCGGGGAGUAACAGCAACACUGACGCCCACUGUUUCCGAUGACACAGUCUGUUUGUGCAUGUCCGUAAGCUUUGUGGAAACAUGCAGGAAUUCAGAGGUUUCCAUCCGUAUCUGGAUCAAUGAGUAAUGUUGAGUAUCAAUGGGCCUUUGAGGUCGGUCCUGAGAUAAAACUAUGGGCACUUUCCACAUUGACAACUUCAACCUGGGACAGCAAACGAUUUUCCAUGGUGGCCUCAGUAGUUUUCUGUAUUUAAAGAAAGAAGUAGUACUGCAAAAAAAGCAACAGAUGGGUUGACAGAAAUAACAACUGACAGUGACUUGGUUGUCACCGCUACUGUAGCAGAUGUUAAAAGCCGACUGGCUGAGAAUCUUCUGGGCUCACAACAACCUCUUCACCACGACUCGCCUCAUAACUCGCCAUCACACGAGUGAGAGUCUUGGGGACCCUCGCAGGACGGCUACCUCAACAGGAAUCGAUGUCAACCAGGAUCAGCACCUCAUAGCAAACCUGUCAUCGGAGCAUUUUUUGGGAUGGAAAAGCACACAAUUCUGUUUUUGAUAAAAGGCGCGGAUUAAAAAAAAAAUGUAGCAGCUUUUAUAAAUGAUGAAUCAGCAAAUAAAGGUCGCCAAGACACACAGGAACAGAGCACCUCAAAUACUUAAUAGGAAUGAGACGGUUCUGAGAAAUAUUUGUCGGUUUAAAUAAGCCUGUCAUCUUGCGUCCAAUCCAGAGAGUUGAGGGGGAAAGAUUGUAAAUAAGAGCAAUACAAACAACACUUGCACUUCAGCAGAAGAAAACAAAAAAGGAUCGACCGGUGCCACCUCCGACUCGUUUUACCUCACUAUACUAAAACAGAAAAAAAUGCAUGUCUAAAAAUGUAAUAUUAAUAAUAGAGGAAAAAUUAUUUUGUACUCUCUGACCCACUCAUCCUCCAAAAACAACUGUUUGUGCUGGUUGUUGCCCACAAUGAACAUACAGGAGUCUCUCAAAUCAAACAAGCAGGGUACCAAACAAACCUUAGCAGAAUCUAGCAUGAACAUCGAGCGUGCUGGCGAAGGUUAGCAACUGACCUCCGUGUUUUUACCGUUGAGUGUCCUGACUCAACUUCCCAUCCAGAACCAGGAAAAAGAACGUUUUGUUUUUGUUUUGUAUAGAAGUGAAUGCUAAUUCUCAGACGCCGCAGUGUCAUGUAGAGAAGUACAUGUUGCUUAAAGGGCGAGUCAUUCACAAGACUCACGUACAGUCGAACUUUCUAGCUUCACCGAUAGUCAUGUGCUCGAACAUCUCAUUUGGAUAUUUAGCCUGUACAUGCUGUCCGGGUCUUUGUAGCAGCUGCAUGCCAGACAGAGGGGUGGAGAGGAGUAUGUUUACUUCAGGAGAGACUUUCUCAGUUACUAAGAAAAAAUUACAAAAGAAAAAAAAUGUCACAUUAUUUUCUUUCAUUAUUUUCUAUUAUUUUCCAUACAUUACAAUUUAAAAUUAAUCUUGUUUUUUUGUUUACAAUCACAAAUAUUUCAAUGCUUAUUCUUUGUAAUACCAUUUUUUUUAAUAUACAGUAUGUAAUAUGCAUGUUCCUAAAGCACUUUCCGAACACAGCUCAGUUCUUAGUCUUUUUGUCUCAUGAUGUCAAUCUUCCUCAACUCAGCUUUUUCUCUCAUAAAUAUUCCCUUUAAUCUUGGUGGAAAUUUCACCAUCUUCAUUGUUUUUUUUUUAAAACCAUCAUACUCUAUCUAUUGAUUUAUUCUGAUUUCAAAUUAUUAAUUUUGGCUUCUUUUCCUUACACUUAGUGUCACAAUCACAAACCUCUUUCGCAACUUGAUAAUCAUAUUAUUCUGUAUCUUAUUUCCUUUUCUAUGGAACUUAUGUCCAACCAGUUGCUAGUGUUGUGAAGUGAGUUCACCACAUGACUUUUCCUCAUUCAGUUUUGACUUAAUUUACUAUGAAGUCAACGUCAAACCUUGUGUUUCUUAUCAGCAUGAGAUUUGAUUUCCUGACACCUUUUAAAUGUUUAAAUGUAAAUACCUGAGGAGAAAAAUGCACUGAAUAGCCACGUGUUUUCCUCUUGAGCAAAGUAGCGAAUGAACAGCCGCAGAACAAGGGAGACGACAUAUACCCAUCUGUUUUUGAUACGGUCUCCAGGUUGCAUGGUUGUUUGAUAAAAAUGAUCACAUGACUAUUUAUCCACUUUUGAUAGCCUUGAGUCACGACGCUGCAUUGUCAUGAGCGGCUGCUUCAUCUUUCUAUCAUAGAAUCCUGCACCCAGUUUUUAAAACGCUUCUCUUUUACUCUGUAACGAAUGGACGAUGCAAAUAAAUAUGUUUUCAGCAGAAGGUCAACUGUGAUGGUUUUGCUGCUGCUGGAGUGGGUUUGACCUCUCUGCUCUCUCAUGACUGACUGGUGUUUUUAGGUCUGGGGAGCAAACCCACACUAGCACAGGCUGAA